AAGGCAGCCGGCUGUUGCGGUUGCCGGAGGAGCGGAGGCCGCCAUGGACCGGAGGAAGAAGCCGUUGGAUGUGGCCGCCUCCUCGUUGGUAGAUCUCAAAGCAGAACUCUUCCGAAAGCAAGAAGAAUUCAAGAAAGAAAAGCUACUGAAAGAUGCUGGCAUCUUUGCAAAGCCCAAAACUUCUAAUAAGAAACCAAGCAUCUGGAACAAACAAAACGCAGGAGUUGCAAAUCGAGCGGAGAAGGAUGUUGAGCAAAAGGCAGAAGAGGAGCAUAUAUUAGAUAAAUCAAGGAAGAAACUAGAAGAGAAAGCAAAGCUGUAUGAGAAAAUGACAAAAGGCGACUUCCCAGAUGAAGAAACUGAGGAUUUGUACCUGGUGGAUUUCACUCAGAAGAUCAUAGACAAACAGCACGAAGUACAGGAAAUGUAUCAGAGCGAAGCUGCUAGAAAGACUUUAGAAAAAGAGACAGAUGAUGAGGAAACUCAACCUGAAGUGGAAAUACCGCCACCUGAGGACCCAGACGAAGAAUGGGUUGAUUAUGUUGAUUUCCUUGGCCGAUCUAGACGCUGUAUGAAGAAGGAUUUGCCAAGUCUACUUAAAAUGGAUCAGGAACUUCAAGGGAAAAGACAAGGUCCUGAUGGGAAUACUCUGUUAUCUGAAGACAUGAGAAGAGAACUUCAGAGGCAGCAGUGGGAAAAAGAAGAAGAAGAAGCCCUCAGAAAACCCAUGGGACCCAUACAUUAUGAGGACAUUCGAGAAAAUGAGGCCAGACAGCUUGGUGUUGGUUACUUCGCCUUUUCUCGUGACAAAGAACUUAGGGAUAAACAACGGGCAACACUGGAUAUGCUAAGAGAGCAGACACUUGACCAGAGAACUAAACGUGAACAGUUGAAAGAAAAAAGGAAGGCAGCUCUAGAUGCAAGGCUGUCUAAACUUCGAGCACGGAAGAUUAAGAAGUUAAGGGAGGCUGGAUUAGAGGAAGAGGCAGAAAAAUUGGAGAAUGGAGAGGUGAAAGGUGCUACUGACGAACCGGAAGCUCCGAGAGUUACUGCAGCAAGUAGAAAGGUAGAGGUUGUCAUCCAGGAGAGAAGAGAUACCAAGCCUGGAGUGCCUUAUGUCCGAGAGUGGGAUAAAGGCAAAGAAUUGAUGUUUGGACAAUGGUCAAAGAAACAGGAAGAACUCAGAGAUGAGCGAGAUCCAGAAUUUGCACCACCUUCCGAUUACUUUAUGGGACAAAAGAAAGAUGAUAAUUACAGAAGUCAGGAUUUGAACAGUCCUGAAACCUCCUCUGCAAAACUAGAAACAGAGACAGCACAAAACCAACAGAUGCCAUCAGCACAGGCCAACGGCAGUAGCACUGAAGAUGUGCCACCAUCAGCACAAGCUUACAACAGCAAUGUUCGAGUUGAGUCAGCAUCAACAGAGGCAUGUGGCAGUGACGCUCAAGAUGCACCAUCGUCAGGAGAGGAUGACAGCAGUGAUGAUGAGGAUAUGCUGCCAUCAGCAGAGGCUUAUGGCUAUGGUGCUCAAGGUGUGCCACCGUCAAUGCAGGCUUACGGCUAUGGUGCUCAAGAUGUGCUGUCGUCAAUGCAGGCUUAUGGCUAUAGCACUCAUGAUAUGCCAUUUCCAAUGCCAGCUUAUGGCUACGGUGCUCAAGGCAUGCUGCCACCAAUGCACACUUAUGGCUACAGCACCCAUGAUAUGCCAUUCUCAAUGCAGGCUUAUGGCUACGGCACCCAGGAUGCGCCGCCAGGGAUGCAGGGCUGUGGCUGCAGCGCCCAGGAUGCGCCGCCAGGGAUGCAGGGCUGUGGCUGCAGCGCCCAGGAUGCGCCGCCAGGAAUGCAGGCCUGUGGCUGCAGCACCCAGGAUGCACCACCAGGAGUGCAGGGCUGUGGCUGCAGCGCCCAAGAAUUGCCACCAGGAAUACAGGGCUGUGGCUGCAGCACCCAGAACGUGCCACCAGCAAUGCAGGACUGUGGCUGCAGCACCCAAGAUGUGCUGCCGUCAGCGCAGACCAACAGCAGUGACACUCAAAAUCAGGAACCGCUUUACCAAAGUUUAGAUGAUAUGCUGUCUUAUUACAGACAAGUGACUUGAACAGAGCAAAAAGAUAAGUAAGAAUCGUGAUUUAAAGAACUGAAACAGAAUUCUCGGCAAGAAUAUUAUUUUCCCGCAUCUGGGAAAAAUAAGUUUCUGUAAGUAAAUCAAAAUAAAUCUUCUAGGGACCUAAGCUAUUUCACAUCACAGCUGUACUUUUGCCCUGUUGGUUCUUUUUUUGUUGUUGUUUUUCCCUCUAUUAAAAUUAUGUGAUUCUUUUUUUGGCAGUAUUUACUUAGUUUAGUACAUACUUAAUAUUAACUCUUUGCCGCUUGCACCUGAACUUUGGGUAUAUUAAUGGCUUGUUUUCAUAAGAUGAGCUCUUCCUUUACUCUGCCACUCCCCAGCCAGCUUCUGGUUUGGAGGUCUACAAGUUCAGUGAUAUCUGUAGAAACAGUAUUGAAAUGGCAGUUUCAGGAAAUUUAUUACCUGCUCAAUCUCCUGCCUUUAGGAAGUGCAGAUUAUCUAGUGAACAGUGGUGGUUUGCAUGGUCAUAAUGGCUUCUGCAUUCCUGAGGUCUGUAUAUAACUCAUAAUUCUGUGAAGCAAAUUAAGAGUGGAGAGAGGCAUUGCUGAUGCCUCUAACUGAUGGUUAGACUAAGAAUAAA